CUCUGGCCACCUUCGAUCUCACCACCUACCACACCGCACUGUUCCAAACCCCAUGGGAUCACCACGAGCGGCUUAUAUGGAAUGGUGCCUCUCUCCCAUUCCCUUGUCCUCCCUUCUUCCCUGUUCCUCCUCGGAGGCUCUUCUCGACCUCUGCAAUGGAGCUCAAGCUCUCGAAGCCCUCUCCUCUGUCGCCGAGCGUCCCUCGGGUCUUCGAAUCCCCGAUGCGCGGUCUCUUGUUCUGUGAUACGACCGGGCAAAGGCUCCGCUUUGGGUCUCCUCUCUCGGCAUCUAUUAAAUCUGGGAAAAAGCUCCAUGCGAUCCAAAUCCGUGAUAUUUCUCCUUCCAGUGUGGAGCAAGAAAGGGUAGAUCAAAGUGAAAAUUUAACCUUGGAGAGCAUCCGACACUCUCUAAUGAGGCAAGAUGAUGCAAUUAUAUUUAACCUUCUAGAGAGGGCACAGUACUGUUACAAUGCUGACAACACAUGUCAUCAAAAUGCAUUCCACAUGGAUGGAUUCCAUGGCUCGUUGGUUGAAUUUAUGGCUGAAGAAACCGAAAAAGUACAUGCACAGGUUGGUAGGUACAAGGGCCCAGAUGAGCAUCCUUUCUUUCCAGAUAUCCUGCCUGAGCCCAUGUUGCCACCUAUGGAAUAUCCAAAGGUUCUUCAUCCUGUUGCUAAUUCCAUCAAUAUAAACAAGAAGAUAUGGGAAAUGUAUUUUUGUAAUCUACUUCCAAGAUUGGCUAAAGAGGGAAGUGAUCGUAAUUGUGGUUCAAGUGCUGUUUGCGAUACAAUCUGUUUACAGGCACUCUCAAAAAGAAUCCAUUAUGGGAAGUUUGUCGCUGAGGCAAAAUUUCUGGAGUCACCUGAUGUCUACAAGCAUGCAAUAAGGGCACAAGACAGUGAUCAGCUAAUGCGUCUUCUAACAUAUGAAUCAGUGGAAACUUUAAUCAAACAGAGGGUAGAGGCCAAGGCUAAGAUCUUUGGGCAGGAGGUGACAGUUAGCGAGAAGGACGUAGGACCUCCUGUGUUCAAAAUAAAGCCUAGUUUAUUUGCUGAGCUCUAUGGCAAUUGGAUCAUGCCAUUGACAAAGGAAGUACAAUUAAUGUAUUUGCUACGUAGGUUGGAUUGAAUUCUGUGCCCCGCUAACAUAUCUGUAAGAGUAUGCCAUGGAAUGAAGGCUCAAAGUGAAGUACUGCUUGCAAAGAGGUGUUUGAGAGGAGCCUUUUGUAGAAUUUUUAGAAGUCAUUUGAUCUUCUUUUCUUUUUUCUUUUACUUGAUAUUCAGAGGAAAAUUAAUUCUUGUAUGACCAUAUGUUAAAGCACUGCUUCAAAAUUAUUUAGAUGCAAAUCGAAAGUUCUCAA